ACAUGGUCGGCUCUGCGGCGAAGCGUUCAUAUGGCGGCUAUCGGAUGGUACGGACCUCUGAUCGAUCUCUCCAAAGCCUUUUCUCACAUUGGCGAUUACGUCCAGCUUCUCGUUUUCGUUCACAGAUCUACUCCUGUUCAGUACAAGCUGUCAAAGGGAGGAGAAAUUAUUAGGACAGACAUUCAGGUUGGCGAUGAUACGCGCCCAUUUUUCUCUGUAUCCGUAUGGCAAAAGCAGAUCGGAUCAGUCGCUUUUGCUGGAGAUAUUGUUUUGUUGCAAAAUGUUAGCAUUACAAAAUUUCAAGAUGUUGUUGAGGCCAAAACAGUCCAUUGCUCGUCUUUACAAUGCCUGGUCCCUCAUGAAUCACUUGUUUCUAAAGGUGUGGAGGAUAUCAUAGGGGCAUGUCAAGUAGGGGCAAGAACAAAGGAAAAGCUCAGGAAAGUUAUUGAAUGGGUGAAGCAAGCUGGUUACACCUUUCACAAUGUAGAAUUGCAUGGGCACAAACGGCAGAGGCAAAAGUUAAUAAACUGGAAAUUGCAUGAAGAGAGAGAUUCUCUGGACUGCUUUUCACUUUUAGAAGUAUCGCGUCUAACUGAUUCUGUCAAUGCUACUUUCUAUGCAUCCAUUGGAGAAAUCUUUCUGCUGCUGAAGUGGAAGAAUCUUCAUGAAUCUAAUGGGGAAAGGAUGUUUAUCAGUAGGAGAUUAUCCAUAAUGGGAGAUAAGGAUUUAGCUGAAGAUUUCAUUUGCACUGGCUGCCAACUAUGUGGCUCCCCUUUAACUUCUGAGUCGGGGUCUAACUCCAACAAGAACGCUGUUCCCCUCUAUUGUCAGAAGAGCUCUAAUCACCUUCAUAUGAUAAACUUAAUAUACAGACCCUUCAUGUUGUACGUAUGGGACGACUCUAAAUACAUUCCACUGCUUGUUACGAACAAAGCUGCUGAACUCUUAUUUGGAAACAUCAAGGCCGAGAAAGUGCAGUCAUGCUAUAGAGCACAAAAGCAUGACCCAGUUCCUAAGACUAGCGACAAUGUUGUGAAAACACAUUGUUCUGAUGCAAGAUCUCCUGACCCAAAUCCUGCUGAUAAGUCUCGUGCUCCGCCAGGCACGGACAAGAGCUCGGGACAAAAGGAAAAGCAGAAAACUAAAACGCCCGACUACUACACGAUUUGGAUAACAUUGCUGAAAAUUUUAAUGCAACGAGAGAAGAAUGGUCCUCUGAAGUUCAAAGUUACAGUCAAUGUGGACAGAGAUUUGGAAUCUGGAAGGUUUGAGAUGGUAUCUGUCACAAUGCCAUGCUUUUGAACCAUAGCAUCCUUAACUCUAGGCUCCAUAUUUUUUUCAGUUCUCUUGUCCGUAUGUGUUCGCAUUUUAUCAAAAUUUGAGCAAGUGGUUGCUAAAUUAUACCAAGUCCUUCGGGUUUCCCAUUGUCAUUGCAUUGUAUUGUAUCAAAGCUAAGUGAGAUGUUAUACUCUGUCAAAUAAAUGAUACUCAUCCAUUCUUGUAGUUU